AUGGCCAGGCAUCGCAGACGCCGGGCUGGACUUCGAAAUUUUCGUGAAUCACCGGUUCAGGUAAGGGGUGCAUACUUGCGGGCAAUCUUGCCUACACAAUCCUUUGACUUCCACAUUUGUUACGAAGCAGCCAAUUGGGAACAAGGGUCUCCUCCAACCGAUUCAACCACUUGCCCGUACAAAUAUCUGAGGGAGAAUAUCCCAAAGAUCAGCACAAUCAAUCACCGAAUAAACGGCAAAUAUGUUUAUCAUCAGUAACGCUCCUCUCUUUACAAUAUGGCCGAAUGAGUGGCCGCAAGCUCAACAUAAUAUAUUCAAAUCCUCUAGCAAUUGUGGCCAACCGCUCGCAGUGCUGCUUCUUCCACCAAAUGUCCUCAUUUCCCCCAUUUCCAUUCUCUCUCGACCGUUGCGGCGGAAUGCCAAGACUCUCAAUCUCGUAGUGUCAGGACGCGGGUUGGGGUCAAAUGUCGUUAUUGCGGCCGUGGAUUCACAGCAUACUACUGCAUUCAUUGCGAGAUGUAACAUAUUUUCUUAUCACAACUAACAAUGAACUUUUAAGGAAAGGAAUUACCAAUUGCUAUUGGAUUCAGAAUUUGAUUCAUUCGGGCUGGAUUUGGAAUGGGGCCUGGGUCUCCGGUUGGCCCAGACCGGGGGCCGGAAAGGGUCUGCCGGCCCAGCCCGAUUGCCACCGCUAG